AUGGUGAAGGUGAAAGUGACGCUACCGAAGGUUCAAAACCAGGACAAGAAAAGGAUGUUGAAUCAGGAAAAGAACAAGAAAAGGGAGAAGGACAAACAGCUCCAAAGCCCGGAGGUAUGGUCCUUGAAUUAUUCAAGAAAUUACGGUAUACCAACAGAUGAAAAGACAGGCGCUCCUGCUGCGCCCGCUGUGGUAACACCUGAAAUGAAGGAAAUGCGGGAACGCAGAAGGCAGAGCCGAUUCAAAUCCGAUGAAAUCAAUGCCAAAAUUACCCUCGAUCAACUCAAGGAUGAAGACGGACAACCGCGAUUCAGUUCAGGGCGAUUCGGUGCUGUAUUCCUUCUGCCAGAGUCUUGUCAAAUCCAAAAAAUUCAAGGGAUCAAGGACGAGGAGGACGAUGUCCAGAGUCAGAGUGACUAA